AUGGGGACCAAGCUCGACAUCAACCACGAACUCAAGACUGUGGGCUGGUCCAACGUCGUCAGUGGACUACUCGGAGGCUACACGGGAUCCUACAUCUUUGGUCAGACGAUCUUCACCUGCCGCUCCAAGACCAACUCGCGGGUCGUCGGAGUGUGUGUCAUCCUGGCCGAGAUCGCGAUUGUUGUGGUCCCAGUGUCCGUCAUGAGCUACGUGCCUCGGUUCUUCUUGGCUGCCACACUCUUCUUCGUGGCUUUGGAUCUCAUGCUCGAGUGGCUGGUGCUUGCAUAUCGUAAGAUGUGCAUCCGCGAGUGGGCUGUGGUGUGGCUCUCGUUUCUUGCGAUCAACCUGGUGUCGCUGGAUUUGGGUAUGCUCAUUGGAAUCGGUGUUGCAGCUCUUAAUUUCAUGUUGAGCUACAUCCGAGUUCCUAUCGUGGACGAUGACACCGAUACUUCAGCCGAACUGGAGCUUUUAGAGGGCACGGUUCAAACCGGAAAACAUGCUGGUGUUGCUCAUUUUGAGUUUUGUGGAUAUCUUUUCUUUGGUUCUGCUGUGCAGAUCCUCGAGACCGUACAGAAAGGUGUCUACGUCCGCAAAAGCAACGGUACGAAACAAUCAUCAAGCACCGUAAACUACUUGGAUCUGCAGCUAUCGCACGAGUCUAGUUUCCUUCCGAACCGCGAUGUCCCAGUUCAGUGUCUAGACGGCACCCCUGCACCAGAUGACGCUUCACCAACGCAGUAUGUUGUCAUGGAUUUCACUCGUGUUGCCGGCAUGGACGCCACAGCAGCCCGUGGCGCUUUUCUCAUCCUCAAGAAAUACUGUAACAACCACGCCAUUCCCGUCGUCUUCGUCAAUGUCCGUCCAGAUAUCCGAGCGCUGCUACUCAAGAACAGCAUUGCCAACACCACUGACUUCUUCCCCACUGCGGAGUCUGCGAUUGCCUCCUACGUGUCCUAA